CAGGUCAGACUGAAAGUGACUGCUGAAAUGAGACAAUAAAUAUAACUUAAACCUUUAUUUAUACUUACAUUGUGUGCAAUGACUUUAUUCACUUAUUUUGAGACUGCUUGUUUGUGCAAAUGUGUGCAUGCAUGUGUCUUAUCCCCCGCUUUUAUUAUUUAUUGCUUUUAUUAGUUCUGUUUUAUUCUGUGCAUUUCAUUUCAUUGUAUUUAUUCACAAGGACAAUAAAAUAGAAUUGAAUUAAUUUACAUAUUUGGAUUAACGGUCAUUUACAUGGUCAAGAAAUGGACACUUGUGACUUUAAGGCUUUACAUCAUCACCAACCACCAAUGAGGGGAGAUGUUGAGUUACUUAGCGACAAGCAAACAACUGUUCCCUUUGAAAACAUCUGAGCUAGUUGGACAGGAUUUGUAGGCUGUUAUAUUUUUUCCUUCAGGUCAAGCUCAUUAUAAGUUCACUCUACUCUUGAUAUAUGUGUCUGACUAACUGUGUCUUCCUGUGAUGGCUGACAUUAUGAUGUGUGAGCCAUUUGAGCUCUACAAUCUCCUCAACCAGUGCAGCCGUGUGUCAAGGCUGGCAGAGAUCAACUACCUCUGUUUGACUGAUGCUCGUGAAACUCAAGAUUACAGAAUGAGUCACAUCAUAACUGCUAAAAAUGUCAAAAUGGACUCAGAGAGCACGUUCCUUCUGCCUGUGGCUGUGGAGGUCGACAGUAUGCAGCAUGUGGUGGUCUAUGACAGCAAAACAAGCUGUUUACAGGAAAAAGGCAGAGCAGUUGAAUGUGCCAAGGCUUUAGCUGAAGUGAGCCUCUGUCCAGUUCACAUAGUGAGAGGAGGCUUUCAGAGGUUCUCAGCUCUGUACCCUUUUUUAAGGACUGAGAAAAUAAUCUACACCGUCACGGAGCUGGAAAACCUGAAGAUGUAUCCAGUGGAGAUCAUGGCAGGACUUCUGUACAUGGGUAACGAGAAACAAGGCUCGGACUCCAGCAUCCUCAAGGACCUGAAAAUCAGCACUAUCAUCAGCAUCACACAGAGUGACGUUCUGGAAUCCAGACCCACGAAGGAGAACCAGACCGUCCUUAACAUCCCUGUGGCCGACUCAGUGGCGUCUGAUUUGUAUUCAAGUUUUGAAAUGAUUUGUACUCUUAUUGAUUCACACAUCAACAUGGGCUCUCGUGUCCUGAUAGUGUCCAGGCAGGGCCGAAGUCGCUGCAGUGCUGUCACCAUUGCUUUUCUCAUGCACCAUCUCAAAUACACACUGAAGGAGGCCUGGACGUACACGCUGAAAUGUAAACCUGACAUGAGGCCAAACACGGGGUUUCUACAGCAGCUGUCUGACUGGGAGCUAAACACCAUGGGGACAAAAAUGACCGAUAUCUCUGAACCUCAUUUUUAACAAAUAAACCAACAGCUCCCACAAUGAUAUCAUGUUAUUUUGUACAUUUCAA